GGAUCGCUACCAUGUGGUCAAAAAAUUUCCAAUGAACUUUCUGCACGUGUCACUAGAAUCGUCAAUGAUUUUGAUACAAAAAAUAAUACACUGGAAAUCGAAAACAUCUUCAGUAAACUUAUUGCGGAAAUUAGUACUAAAAUCACCAAUGAACUUUCCGCACGUAUUUCUGAAAUAAAUUCUACUUUCACUGCGGAGCUCGGCAAAAAUAAUAAUAAACUUAUUGCAGAAAAUCAAAAAGAUCAAUUUACGUGA